AUGGUAGACAAAUUAACWGAGGUGGACGAUUUGAAGRAGAYUGCUUGUGAAGUCAUCGACCAAAGCGCUCAAUAUCUCAAAGACUUGAGCCAAAARAUAUGGGAAAACCCAGAGUUGAAUUUUAAAGAAACCAAAGCACACGCUUUUCUCACUGACUUUUUUAAAAAACGAAAGUUUGAWRUCACGCCAAGUUGGACGCUAGACACGGCUUUCUUGGCCAAGUAUGGCAGUAAUGAGGGACCUCGUGUGGCAAUCAUGUGUGAAUAUGAUGCUUUACCGGGUAUUGGACAUGCUUGUGGACAUAAUCUAAUUGCAGAAGCAGCUGCUGCAGCCGCUUUGGGAUUGCAAGCAUCCAUUGAAAAGAGUGGUAACAAACUUGGAAUAAUCCACGUGAUCGGGACACCAGCGGAGGAAAUGGGCGGAGGAAAAAUCUACAUGAUUAAUAACGGGUGUUUUAACGAUACAGAUGUCUGCAUGAUGGUUCAUCCAUCACCCCAUGAUGGCGUACAGUUUCCCUGUUUAUGCAUAAAACACCUUUUUAUCACAUUCAAAGGAUCUGCUGCACAUGCGUCGUGCUUUCCUUGGGAAGGAAUUAAUUCACUUGAUGCCGCAGUCCUGGCGUACAGCGGUAUCAGCAUGAUGAGACAGCAGUUUAAACCAACAUGGCGGGUACAUGGAGUGAUCCACGAGGGUGGGGUUAAGCCUAAUAUUAUACCAGACAUGGCUAGAAUGGAGUAUUACUUAAGGGCGCCUAAUAGGAAAGAUAUGGAAGAAUUAGAAAGAAAGAUUACUGCGUGUUUUGAAGCAGCAGCGAAAUCAACCGGAUGCACUAUGGAGAUUGAAUGGAUGAAUAUGAGUUCUUAUCAAGACAUGAACAUCAACUCGACUCUAGCAAACCUAUACAGACACAAUGCACAAGAACUCGGAGUGAAAUUCAAAUCAAGGGAGGAAGAAUUCGGUACAUUUAUGGGAUCAACGGAUAUGGGAAAUGUGUCAUAUGCUGUCCCAUCCAUCCAUCCAUUCUAUAGUAUUGGCUCAACGGCGCCAAACCACUCUCAUGGUUUCACAACUGCAGCAGCAACUGAUAUUGCACACAAGAAGACGCUGAUUGCAGCUAAAGCAAUGGCAAUGACUGCGAUAGAUGUUAUGAGUAAUCCUGAUACUUUGAAGCUUAUCAAAGAACAGUUURAACAAUCAUUCAUAAAGGAUUAAUGUAUGCCAAAGUGCCAUAUUUGCUUUUGUAUGGGGAUUCUUGGAAAUAUAUGAUUUGUAUUUGUAAGUGUAGUUCUCUAAAUACUUAUUGUAUGUAAUACAGUWGAAACCCGCMUAUAAGAACCUACAUUUUUGGGAAGCAGCCUAAACAGGUUCUUAUCAGWAUAAAKGAUAGUUAACACAAUUUUAGGCUACUGUAUCUAGUUUCUUAAAAUAUGUUCUUAAUUCUAAAGUAAUUAAAAGCAAAUAAAACAAGAUGGUUAUUUGCCGAUUUCCUGACCCCGCCCCCAUCCCCAUCCCAGCCUCACCCCCACCAAAACAUUCAUAGAAAAAAAAACACAUUUUAAAGUAAUGAGAAUCUUUUUUUCUUUAAAUGGGAAUCUUGCUCUGUAGCUGUAUUAUGGCUAAUAUGAUUUUCAAAAUAGGAACCCGUUUUCAAUUUUAGGCCAAAUAGGUUCUUGCUUAUAUGUAUAAAAUCCAUAUUUUAGGCUAACAGGUUCUUAAUUUUCAGGUUCUUAUAUGCGGUUUCUACUGUAUUCACACCCGAACGAACCAGCUUAAUACCGAUAGCAAUUUUAUAUCUUAAUCAUGUUUAGUCACAUACAAUAAAAGUGGAGAGCGUUUAA